AUGGGAGUUCAAGGACUACUUCCACAAUUGAAACCCAUUCAGCAGCCCAUCACUUUGGCUAGAUACCAAGGCCAAACUUUGGCAAUUGAUGGGUAUGCUUGGCUUCACAGGGCCGCUCAUUCGUGUGCUGAAGACCUGGCUUUAGAUCUCCCGUCUACGAGGUAUCUUGAGUUUUUCGUGAAACGUCUUGACAUGCUACGAAAUCGCUUUCAUAUCAAUCCUUACUUAGUAUUUGAUGGAGAUGCAAUUACAGUGAAGAAGGACACAGAAGUAAAAAGACGACAAAAAAGAGUUGAGAAUCGUGAAAAGGCGCUGGCACUUUGGAAGUCUGGGGAUAAGAGACAAGCAUACGAAUAUUUUCAGAAAAGUGUCGAUGUAACGCCCGAAAUGGCUAAGUGCAUCAUCGAGUACUGCCAAACACAAAGUAUACAGUAUGUGGUAGCUCCCUUCGAAGCCGAUGCGCAAAUGGUUUAUCUCGAAAAUAAGGGAAUGGCACAUGGCAUCAUUUCAGAAGACUCCGAUCUCCUCAUUUUCGGGUGCCGCAAAUUGAUAACCAAAUUGAAUGAUCACGGUGAAGCUGUGGAAAUAUGCCGAGAUGAUUUCACACACCUACCUAGUAAGUUUCCGCUUUUCCAGCUUAGCCCAGAGCAAACAAGAGCCAUGGUUUGCCUCUCCGGGUGCGAUUAUACCGCAGGUAUUCCCAAAGUAGGGCUCCUGACUGCAAUAAAAUUAGUCAAGAAAUUCAAAACUAUCGACAAAAUCAUCCUUAACAUACAACGCGAGGGCAGGUUUACUGUUCCUAAAGAUUUUGCUGACGAAUACCAACUAGCAACUUUUGCAUUUCAAUUCCAGAGAGUUUAUUGUCCUGAGCGCAGAGAAGUCACUACAUUAAACGAGAUUCCGCUUGAGCUUAAAGAUUGCCAAGCUCUGUUCAGUUGCAUAGGUAAAGUGGUCCAUAAGACGGAGCGUGUUAAAAGAAUAAUCAUCAACAAUGAAGACAUCGAUCAUGAACUACACGGUAAAAUUGCAGCAGGAGAAAUUUGCCCUUAUAAUUUUGAAAAAGCACUAAUAAACCGUGAAAGGAAAUUACAAUUGACCGCGAAAUCAGAACCUAUAAUUUCAAUUCCGGCGACAAGCAAUACCAAGUCAAUUGAUUCUUUUUUCUCAAAAUCCGCUUCGGUUAGUGUGUCAGCAACUCCUCAGGGAGGAAGCGCUCAAAUCCGAGCCGCAACUAGAAUUCAAGAGCAGAAAUUAUUGGAAAGUAAAAGAAAAUUGCAGUCCACAGUCGAACGCCGUAAAUUGUCAAGACACGACAUGCCAACGUCUAACAGUGCCUCUAGCAAAUUUUUCAAUCAAUCGAAUAGACCUUCCGAGCGCUCAAUGAGCACAAAAGCUAUUAGUAUGUCGGUGAAUACCCCAAUAGCAGAACGUCUAUCUUCUCAGCUAGAAGAACAAUUAUUGGAAAGUGACGUAAAUUUGGUAGGCAAAGGCUUAACGUCACAAAGCAGUGACGCUGUUAUUUCUCAGGAAGACAUACCCACUGACAUCCCUAGCUCAUUGGCAUCUACUGAAAUACCUAGUUCAAUGCUUCCCACUCAAAUUGACCAAGAUUCUGUACCUUUCAGUGAAGAAGAGUCUGAAAGCCUUAGUGAGGUGGAGGAGCCCGCCAAAACUGACGACAUUCGCGCCAAUCAAAAGAAAAGGCACUGUGCUUCCUUGGCAGGCCUCCGCGAAAGUUUUAGCUAUGGCAGAGCUCCUUUGAGAGAGAGAGACCCUAACACUGUUGUUCCCUCUACUAAAAGUAAGCAUCCUGACUCUAAAGUUCAGAGACCAAGUUUGAAGAGAUCAAAUCACUAUGUGGCAUCCCCAUCCUCUACAGGAUUACAAAGAAAUGUUACUCGGACCUUGAGUUUAUCAGACUUCAUUUACAGGGGCCAGUAG